AUGCCUACAUCACAUGAAAUUGACACUGUUCUCACCACCCUGCAAAUGGAAGCGGAUCCGGAGCUCGCUCCGCUGUUUUUAGAGUUCGAAGAACUAUACGAACAGAAGCUAUGGCAUCAGCUGACAGAGCGGUUGACGGUGUUCUUUGACGAUUCGAGGUCGAUUCCAUUGAGACUAAGAGUUUAUUGUAACUUUGUCUCGAAAUUCCAUGACAAGAUCAAUCAAUUGAGUGUCGUAGAGUUCUUACUGCAAUCGCUCAAGACUCAUGAAGAUCAUGAUGAAUCUCUGAAGUUUUUAACGGAAUUAGAACAGUCAUUUAAGGAUAUUGAUGCAAAGAAGCAGAGAAAUGAUGGCCUGAAAGAUCACGAAAACGGAUGUCUAUUGAUAGAGAUUGAGAUUGCAAGGAUAUAUCUCUCCAAGAAUGAAUUGGUUAAGAGCAGAGAUCUGCUAGACGAACUGGAGAAACUUCUGGAUCAAAGGGAUGCAAUGCCAUUGAAAGUAACAAACGCAUUCUAUUUAGCGAACGCCGAAUACUACAGAUUGAAGCAGGAUUUCAACUCUUUCUACUACACGAGUCUUUUGUACCUUUCCACCAUCCCACAGCAAGAGAAGCAGCCAGAGGAGGACGCAGAUAAGUACAAGGAAUUAGCUUACAAUCUAAGCAUUGCAGCUCUUUUGGGAGACAAGAUUUACAACUUUGGAGAGCUUCUUCGUCAUCCCAUAAUGAAAAGCAUCAUCAACGAUUCGGCAUACAAGUGGUUAUUUGAUCUGUUGAACGCUCUGACCGUAGGAGAUUUCGACCAAUUUGACAGCCUAAUUGGCGUGCAGAUACCAAAAGUCCCCAUACUGAGCGAGCAUGAAUCGUUCCUGAGACAGAAGAUCUGUCUGAUGACCCUAGUCGAAAGUGUGUUUGCGAAGAACAUCAGAACCCUCUCAUUCGACGACAUUGCCGAAGCAACACAUUUGCCGAAGAGCAACAUCGAACAUUUGGUCAUGAGAGCUAUCAGUCUGAAUUUGAUCAAGGGCUCCAUCGAUCAAGUCAAUGAACUUGUCUCUGUGACCUGGGUGCAGCCAAGAAUCAUCAACGCCGAGCAAAUCGCCAGGAUGAAAGACAAGUUGGUCGAAUGGAGUGAAGAAGUUUCUGCAUUGGGUGAGAAAAUCGAUGCCAAUGGUAGAGCCAUUUGGGUCUAA